AUGCUGGUUGAUAGGCCAGGACCCAGUUCAACCACCUCGAACCACCAUCACCAUCAUCACAACCACCACCACCAACAGCAGCAGCAGCAGCACUCUCCACGAGCCAUCUCCUCACCGACGGGCCAGCUCCGCUGCAACGCCCCCGCCGCGUCCAGCCCCCUCACCUCACCACCCUCUAAACCCCCCUCCACCACCUCCUCUUCGGUCCGUCGACAAACCGGCGUGCAGGGUUCCGCACUCAAGCUAAUCUUCACCCCACCCGCGAAGUACUCGGAAGCCCAAAUCAAGCGGACCCUGUGCCACGAGCUGCACAAAUUCGGGAAGACGUUCUGCGUCAACCUACUGCCCUCCACGGCCGGGGCAAAUCGCCAGACACGCACCGCUCUAGUUGUCUUUCGGCGACCUGACGACGAGGAGAAAGCCUUCUUGGCCUACCGCAACGGCCCCAAAUCGCUGUUCGGCGCAUCCGUUGAUGUGGAACUGUGUUCCAGCGCCGGUGAGUGUCUGUCGCCCUGUCUACGCAUUGCUCAUUGGUUGCGAACCCUCGCCUUUAUACCCCUUUUUUCCUCUCGUGGUUACAAAGAGUCGGCUUUGUGUUUCAUUACCCCGUCUCUGCAUUUAUACUCCCUCACGGGUGAGAAAAUCUGCAUUUCAGACCCGGAUGCUAUUGGUUUGAGUCUUCCGAAUGCUCGCAUUCGAUCAGCGCUGCCGUUGUCGACUUCCUCGCCUGUCUCGCUACAUUCCUCUCUCCCACCAUCCGAUUCAAGUGUCCACCGGUCUCAAGGUCUGAGUCCUGCUGCUUGUGGGGGAAGUGUGCUUCCUAGCCGAACCCUCAUUGUCCACGGACUCACUGUUGGCCCGAGCGGACCCGUCUCCGACUACCAGCUGACCACCGCCUUCCGGCGGUUCGGUGAAAUCCUGCAUGCGCAGAUGAAACCGUCCAGUAACUCGGCGACCAUCGAAUUCGUGGAGUUCCGUGGUGCUUCUCGAGCCAUGACGACACACUUGAGGGACCCUCUGCGACUUGGUGGACGCCCACUAAAGCUCUUCUACACUCCCAGUCGACCUAGCACUUGUUUGUGGCUCGCUGACCUCCCUCCAGCACUGGCAAGCCUUCCGGAAGCAGAGCUUCUAGCCACGUUCUCGCGGAUCGCUCCCGUCGAACAGGUAGCUUUCCUUGUCUACUCCAUUGCCUGUCCUGCGUCCACAACACAAAGCACUUUUUUUUAUUAUCAAACUCUUCUCUUAACUAGCUGUCUUAGUGCCGUCACACUCAAAGCAUUGAUUUUCGGCUCGAUGUCACUGACCUGUUGUUCCCUGUCUCAGAUGAGCCUGAUCAAUCGAUCGACAGACGCCUCGCCGCUCUCCACCGUCCACACGAGUGCGUUUUUGCGGCUGCAGACACCGGAGGCUGCCGCGCAGCUCCUCGCUUACCUCCGAUCCUCUGAAUCACCGCUCCUCUCCGCCUCCAACGCCACCAACCACAACCGCCUGCCUGAAUCCACUGCCGGUAGCGCACCCUCAAAACCCCCCGUUUCCCUCUGUUCUGCCGACUUUGCCAGUCCCAAGUAUGUGGAGAAAUUCGCCAAUUCCACUGCCAGAUGCUCAGAAUACCUGAAUUCAGCACAGGCCAGAUCAAGACCGUUGGUGCCUGCCUCACAGCCACCUCCGCCAACUUUUGAAAUGGUGAACGGCAAGCCGCGUGUCGACUCCCCGCGCCUCGGUUGUGUCGAUCACGAUCGCAACCACGGGCGCCACAACUCAAGCGGCGAGGACAACUCCUGCACCGGUUCCUCGGUUUCUACGUCAUCCAGCUCCUUCUCUCCCUCGAAGCGACUUAAUCUCCCAGCUGAGAACAGCGGAUCGGGAUUUUCGCGACUUCAUAAGAACUCACUGCAUGCCACCGGAGGUGAGGGUCACACUCCAGCAACGCCGGCAGCGACUUUUCCCUCCCAGCGGCGAAUCGUCGAGGCUUCGCUCUUUCUUCCACAGAAGCGGAUAAAUGAUUCGCAGAAGCGGGAUCCUGGGUUGUUCUCCACGAGCACUGUUCACCGUGGCAACUAUUCCUCGCACACUCAACAAAAGCUCCGAGAUGAUCAGGAACUGUUGUCCAGACUGUCGCCAAACGAUCCUGUUAUCUGUGAAUCCAUGUACGACAAGAUAAAACGGCGUACAGAAGGUGAAAAGGAACGUCGAAAACGACCCCCCAUUGAGGAUUCACUUAAUGGUGAGAUUUCGUUAAAGAGGAAGAAAAAACGGAAGCGGGAGUACAAUGAGGAUGGUGUGUUGGAUGAGGACGAGACGCUAGUUCUGGAUCGGCAUCGAAAGAUCAACAGCGAAAAGCACAGGAGGAAGCACUCCGAUCCCCUCGCAGACUCCAGACACCAUCGUCGCAAUCGCCAUGGUGGUUCGUCAUCAUCUUCCUCCAAAGUUACCAUCGAAAACCAGCGCCCGAAGCAUCAAGCGUCUCUGGCGCCGUCGAAGUCCAUUUCAAACACCAUUACACGACUCAGUCUUGGAAUGAGUGUUCCAGUGGCAGCAAGCUACCACACCAUCUCCAAGACUAGUAGCCAUGUUCAGCGACCCAACUCCCGAUUACUGUCUAGCUCCAGUAAUUCGGUAUCUGCUGCUACCAGUUCCGAAGAGGAUGACACGCUUAAACGAAGUUUCGAACGGCGUUCCCCAACAAGAUUAACCGCCAUGUCUUCUCCCCGACAAGGUGUGAAAAAGGCUUUCGGUAAUCCGGCGGUGAAUAGAUCCUUGUCCCUCAAUGACGUUGACAGUGAGUCAAGUAGUUCGGUUUACUCGUCUGCUGCGUCAAAGCGUCGGAAAAACAGUCGGGAAGGUGUAAAAGCCUCCACAACCACGACAAGGAAGACCGCCUGGUCGGGGAAACAGCAGUGCACUUCGGAGUCCCCACUUGGUCUUGGGGUUCCCUUCCGAGCAGGACGAGCGUGGUCUUCGAGUCUCUCGUCCGACGAAGAAAACGACCGAUGGAAUGAGUCGCGGUACUCCAAGUGGUCAUCAAACGGCAGCGGCGCGAAGGCGAAUCCGGUGGUGAGUAGCGAUAAGCGCAGGAAACAACGAGUCGCCAAACCGAAGCACACAGGACGAAAGAUACGUUCUCUGAGUGAUAGCAGCAGCAGCAGUAGCAGUGGUGGCGAGUGUGAUUUUGAUCGCGCCAGCGCAUCGAGUUCUGUUUCGGGCAGUGUGUUGGGCGCUAAUGCUGUCGGUAGCGGCGGAAGCCGUCCAGUUAAAUCAGUGUCUCCUUGGCGUGGCUCUGAAGCGCAAGCGCCGUUCUCUGAUCCGGAUGACGGUGACAGUUUGGAUGACUUUGAGCGCUUCUCCGCCAACUCUCCCUCCACCCCGUCGACUGAGGCCAUGGAGAGCUGCCCAGAGGCUGAUGAUGACGAGGGCGACCGUCUCGUAUCCGACUGGCCUUCUUGCAUGUCCAGCAAUAACUCGCCUUUUCUUUCAGAACCUGAGUCGGAUCCUGGACACUCCUCUCUGCACCACGGCAGUGAUGGCAGACCUGAGAGGAAGUCGCUAGAUGAGAACUUUUCGCGCAACUUCGAGGACGUGACUAUGCUCAACUGUUCGAAGGAUGAGUCACUAAAUCUAAGCGGAGGUGAUGCGAUCGGUGAGAUCAGGAUGGAUGAUCAACCCUCACCCAAGCUAAACGAAAGCAGUGAUAAAUCAACAUCCAAGUCCACAGUGAUUGAGGAAGAAGGGGUUUAUACUAAAUCGGAACCACUAAAACUUGAGACAAGCCCAAUCAUUUCGGCGAAAGCGGCAUCGACGACUCCACUGAAGAUCGAACCUGGCUCACUGCCUCCGCCUCCGGUGCCCCUGAUGUCGCCGUCUGUCCACCAAGUCCUCUCGCCGUAUUCUUCCUCCUCACCCACACAGUCGUUGUGCUCCGCUUGUUCGCGGACGAGCCCUUCUCCCGUCACGACCUCGGCGCUGAUCUUAACUUCCUCGUGGGCAUGUUCCAACACGUCGCCAGAGACUACUGCCUGCGUGAAGACCACUGCGUCUCUGCCGCAAGACACUGCUCCAAAGAUCAAGCCCUCGCCGAUAACCGACAAACCAGCUGCUCUUUCCGAGAAUCGCGAUCUGGAGCGCUACGUCCAGAGUGUGAUUGAGCGCGUCAAGGCGGAAACCGUGGAUGACUCACAGCAGCAGCAGCCACAACAACAGCAUCGCCCUGUUCAAUCCGCGGUUGGGCACGUCACUGCAACAACCCCAAUCACCUCCCCGUCGCAUCCUCCCAAUGGCUCGCCUCCCACACCGACCUCUAAAAAAGGCGCCUCGCCUGCCACUAGCAUCAUAUCAUCUAGGCGAGCGUCGGGCGGCACAUCUCCUGGGACAACGACGACCCCAUCUCCGAAUACGCGCUCCGCUAUGGGAAGGGUGCCCGCCAGGCCUCCGUUUGAUUUGCCCACCAGCUUUCCAAGUAUACCUGGGGUCAAUGCGUGUGCGCCAAUCAGUGAGACAAGCCUUACGCAGCCGAACAAGGUGGUGGUGCAUAAAGUAGAGGAGCCUCCAACUGAGGCAAAAGUCCUUCGUUCGUCGUCCCGACGACGCGGGAAAGCUGUUGCCGUCGCACCGACAGCGGUGGAGGAGGUUGCCGUAGACAAGGAGGUGGAAAAACCCCUAGAUUCAUCGGAGCAACCGAUGGAUCCUUACGAGCCAAACUUUGACGACGACUCGCCUCCCGUUUCUAAACCCACCGCAAACGCUACCUCGCCUCUGAUUAUCAACACGAACCUGCCCACGUCGGCCUCGGAGCAGAUUGGGCCCGCUUCCUCCAUCUCAAGUGUGACGACAGAGGAAGUUGCGUCAACGCUGCCCCAGCAAUCAGCAGGCGAGCGUUCUAAAACGAGCACCAGACGAACCGCCUUGGACACGGUUGAUGAAGUAAUCUCGGAGGUGUGCUCUGGCCACUUUGAUAUGCAAGGGUAUCUCGACAGUUGGCGCCGUCCGCUGUCGGCUGUCGCUUCAACAACUGCACCAGCUCCAGUAACAACUGUCACAGGUCCAGCCGUCUCGACUCCAGUAGCAGCGGUAGCAUCGACGACGACGACCCCGCCUUCUGCGAAGGCACCCGAUGCCUCCAACUCGAAAUCGCCCGCAGCCAACAAUGCCCUCUUCACCGCCAUUAUCAACGCUCUGCAAUCCAUUCCGGGUAGUCAAGUGGUAAUCGGCGGUAAUAAUAACAGCGGUGGGACGGUGCUUCAGCCAAGUGUACCAGUGGCCGCUUCCGUCGCGCCAAACUCCAGUCAGCAACUGACUCAAAAACCCUCGACUGUGGUUGUUGGCUCGAGUCCACCAACUAUUUCCGCGACGACUAUCACCUUCCCCGUGAAUGCCGUAUUUCUGAAGGUGGGUUCUCGUGUUUUAUUUGCUGUCUCUCUCCUCGCCCCACAACGUCGACAUUUUAUUACCUUUUUGGUUUCUUUGCAGAACGUAUUCUCGGCCUCCGGUAACUCGGCGAAAAACGCUUCAGCAACCCCGUCUUCGAUCAAGACAAGCAUGGCCAAUUCGCUGCCUGCAACGAUGACUACUGCUUCCCCUUUGACCCAGCAGCAACUUCAUCAACAACAUGUCUCCUCAGUUGUGAUGUCUAGGCCGCAGUCGUCAACGUCGGAGAGUGCUAAAGAUACCCCUCACCCUUGUCGUAUGCGACGCGGAAGUGAUAAUGGCCCGGGUGCUUCAACACAGCCAGCCUACGUCGAUCGCGGCCGCUCCCGCUCCAAUUCAGGGCUCCUUGACGAUGUUGCGGUGUCUACCACCUCGGGAACACCGAUUCCGCAACAGCGGUCCAUUUUUAACCCCCGGUGUUUCACAAGUCCACCACGGUUCCCCCCAUUAUCUCCUCCACGCCAUGUUCCACCGCCGCCACCGCCACCGCAUCCUCCAACACCCUGGUCACUCGGGCCCUUUCAUUCCUACCAGCGUCCAACUCGGCAGGAAGCCCCUAUGUCACCUUUCACGCCAAUUCUCGAGAAACUCUCUCGUUUGAUCGAGCCCGAAUUGGUUCUGCCGUUGAUCCAGGCUGUGGCUAUGCAAUUGGGCCAAGACGGUCUGAGCCAGCUCUCAGAAGCUGACUUGAUUGCUUCCAUGAUGAAACUCUUUCACCACAUCACAACCAGCGGCGCUGGAGGAGGCGGAGGAGGAGAAGCCUUCACGGGGGUCUCACUCCCACCAGCCACCACAAACUCCGCUCUCUCUGCCAACUCGACACCCAGUCCGUCGCAUGCCGCCGUUUCUGUGGCCUUCGGCUCGAACUCAGACCACCCCUCGCCGGGGAUGUUCACGUCGCCAACGGUUAAUCGAGGAGACCAGCCUAGUGGAGGGCAGUACCUCCAUUCACGGGCGCCAAGCUCAUCCUCUCCCUCUACCACGCGGACUGGCAGCUUCGACCAGGCCUACCCGCUUGUUUGGCAAGGUCGGCUCUCGCUGAAGAACGCCGAGGUGAGCGUGGCCCUGCACUUUGUCCGUGGCAACGCCGAACUCCUGCGCUCCUGCAUCACCCUGCUGGCUGUGGGCGGCGGCGGAACACCACAGCAGGCGCUGGUGACGUCUGGCGGGCCCCUGCGGAUAGUUCAACGCAUGCGGCUGGAGGCCUCCCAACUGGACGCCGUGCAGCGGAAGAUGACCCAAGAGGGCGCCUCGUGUGCCUGUGUGGCCUUCGCCUCGGGCUCGAAUCGGGCCGACCUCGCGCAGCAGAAUGUCGCGCUCUCCGAAGGCUUCAUCCGCUACAUGCUGGAGAAGGGAGCGGCGGGGAUAAUCAACGUCGGCCAUCCGGAGGUCUCUCAGCCCGUGAAUAAUCACCCUCCGCUGUGUGUGGGUUCUGGCAGCGGCCACACCUUCCUUUCCUUCGACAAUUGGCCUAUUCUCCUGCCUUGUCGAAUCAUUGUCCCAAUCCAGUCAAUUCUUCCAACGCAGUCGAGCCUAGCGACCACGUUGGGGCUCGAGCCCACACCUCAGCUCGGUCCUUUCGCCUCCUGGUGCGUGUCUCACGGAGGUCAACUCUUUGCCUGCUGCGUGGGGGAUUCGGUUUGCCCCCACGACUACACCCCUCUCCCUCCCCCCCCCGCCGCCGCCUCCACGAGCAACAACCCGCGUCCCGUAAAUGGGCCUGAACUUUGCGCUGUAGGUCACGCCACCGCCAGCGCGGUUGCUACGUUGAAGCUGCGCGUGGGCGAAUUGCCCGUACAAACGAGAGCGCUGCGGUGGGACCUUGGUCGUUCAAAUCCCAACUUCGUCGUGGAAUGCCUUUCGAGCAUUCGAGCCGCCGCUCGUGAUCGUCACGCCUCGACCGGCGGUGUGUCCUCAAAUCCCCCCUUCCCUCCCCCCACCCGCGCUUCAGACGCUUUAAUGGCGCAGCGUCAUGAGUCAUCAAACGAUGCCUCUCACCUCGUUCCAUCGUCUCGCUUCGAUUGUGUGCGCCACCACGGCGACUGUGGGGAAUCGAGAUUGAUAUCCCGUUGGGUGCACGAAAGUGCUAUCGCCAAGGUCCCAGAGGGUUGUACCGGUGUGCCGUGGAGCUAUUUCCAGCCCGCUUACUGGACGCGCCUCGCCUCGUGCUGCGUAUCCGAUGCGAACUCGCACCUGUCGCUUGAAGCCGUGUUUUACUCGGUUUUUCUCCGAACCUACACACUUUCUACGUACUUCCUUGCUGUUUACAGCUUCGCCUCGGUUGCCAGGACUGAACUGCGCGACACAAACAAACAAAGUAUUUUAGUUGAUUUAAACAAACUCAAGGGUCUCUACGUGGUGCACAUAUUCCCACCCUGUGAGUUUUCCCACGCGCAACUCCGAUUGGCUGCUCCGGAUCUGCACCAGGGCAUCCUCCAGACCCAGUUGCCGCACCUCCUAAUCGUCAUCACCACCGUCUGA